AUGUUCAUCAAAAACUCCGCUCUCGUGCUGGCCUUCAUGGCCCUCGCCAAAAUCGCCACAGCUGGACACCCCCCACCCUGUCUCGCCUCAGUGAUAGCGAGCCUGUCCGACGUCCCGCCCGCAGUUGCAAGUGUUGCAAACGCCUGCGGACCAAACGCAGCCAGUGCGUCCUCCGCCAUCCAGAGCCAGUGCGGCGGCCAAGCCACGGCAGCACUGCGGUACUUUGCCAACGUCGUCUGCCCCCAGGCUGGUCAUCCAGGUACGGUUAGUGUACCUUCUGGCACCAACACUGGAACCCCUCCCUCUGGCCCUGGGGCCACUGGUGGUGCUCCUGCGGGUCCAGGUCCUACCGGUGGUGCUGUAGCUGGCGCUCCCCCUGCUGGUGGUGCUCCUCCGGCGAGUCCCCCAUCUGGCGGUGCUCCGGCUGGUGCUCCCCCCGCCGGUGCUCCCCCCGCUGGAGCUCCUGCUGGCGGUGCUCAUCCGGCGAGUCCCCCAUCUGGCGCUGCCCCAGCUGGAGCUCCUGCUGGUGGUGUUCCUCCGGUGGCUCCCGCAGCUGGAGCUCCCGCUGGCGGUGCCCCGCCUGGAUCGUCUCCUCCCUCCGUCGUCAUCCCCCCAUCCUCCGCAUCCAGCAUUCAGAGUGCCUCUGCAUCCAGCAUUCACAGUGCUGCUCCUUCGCUCUUCACGGCCGGCGCCGUUCCGGAUCGACAGCUCUCGGCCAACAUGGUCGCUGCCGCGGUGUUCCUGGGAGCUGCUGCUGCUCUUUGA